CCUCGCUGCGGAUGACUCCCUGCAAACACGCUGCAAACAUCUCUCUCUCCUCAGACACUAAAACAGACGAACACGUGGAUCUCAGCUGUGGUGGUGAUGAUGGCAGCGGGGAAAGGACGCAAGAGGAAGAGCUGAAUUUGUUACUUUUUUUUUUUUUUUUACUCAUUUUUGUGCGUAAUAGUUUCGCUCUCUUCAUGGGCAGCGACAUCAGUAAACCCAGGAAGAGAGAGAGACCACCUGCUCAGCGUCGACUCAGCCAUGGGUUCCUCUCAAACUUGGGGGUCUCCAUCUCUCACAGACGCAGACACACUGUUGCGUUUUCUCAGCCUGUGGGACUGGAAAACAGACCGCCCAUUCCCACACUCCUGCUGCCUCCAGAGGACACAGAGACGACUCUUCCACCUUUCAUUUCCAUCUUUCUGCCUGAGUUCCCCCAGCGUACACUUCCUGGGCAAGACCAUUUCCAGAUCCUGGGCUUCAUAGCCAAAGGCUCAUAUGGACCCAUCCUAAAAGUGAAGGACAUUUUCAAAGAGAAGACCUACGCUGUGAAGGUUCUACCAAAGUCAGAGAUACUGAAGCAUGAAGUGUUGGAGCAGUCAAAAGAAGAAGUCAUCAUUCAGCGGCAGCUCAAACACCCAUUCAUCCACAAUCUGCGGGACUGCUGGCAGACACAGCGCCAUCUCUUCAUUAUGUGCGACUACUGCAGCACUGGAGACUUGUACACUUACUGGUUACUAAAGGGCCGCUUUGGGGAGGAUGAGGUUCGGAUCUUUGCUGCAGAGCUGGGCAGUGCGCUGGGAUUUCUGCAUGACUUGGGGAUCAUGCAUAGAGAUGUAAAGAUGGAGAACAUUCUUUUAAGUGAUCAAGGUCACCUUCGUCUGUCUGAUUUCGGACUCUCGCGGCGCCUGAAACGAGGAGGCAAAGCGUUCACAAUAUGCGGGACAAUCCAAUACAUGGCUCCUGAAGUUUUAAGCGGAGGUCCGUACAACCACGCUGCUGACUGGUGGUCUCUUGGCAUUAUGUUGUUCUCACUGGCCACAGGAGAGUUUCCAGUCCCUGCAGAGCCAAACCACAGCACCAUGUUGAACAAGGUCAAAGAUUUUCCUUAUGUCCUGCCUGAGACCUUCAGCUCUGCUCUGAACUUACUGCUCACUGAGCUUUUGUGCAAGAACCCAAUGAACCGGCUUCAUAUCCUGGAGAGUUUCAAGAUGCAGGCCUUCUUUCAUGGCAUUUCAUUCGACUCUCUCAUCCUUGAAAAGACGCCUGUGGAAGCCAUCCUGGAGCUCAGGACUCAUCCUGACAGGGCAGCCACAGCAAUGAGAGGCCUGUCAUUGGACGAUUUCGAUAGCUUUGACUGUGAUAGAAUCCUUCAUUCUCCUACAACUCCCACUGAACUGUCUCCUACUUUGGCCAACAUGGACCUGAGCCCAGCUACACAGCAGACUUGUAAAGCAUAAGACUGGCCUGUGUUUAUGAGCCUGGAUACAGACGUUGGCUAGACAUGAGAAAUUAUGCAGAUUAUGAACAUGUCUCUGAUACAUGUGUCGCCCCCUGGGACUUGCUCUUCUAUUUUUACAGUGUUCAGAAGUUCGAUUUCCUCUGUAUGUACACUCAUAAAAAUAAAGAUGCUAACUAGAACCAUACAGGGUUCUUUAGCUUGUUCCCAUAGGAGAUCCUUUUUGUUGUUCCUGAUAGAGCCUUUUAUAAAGGUUCCUGCUGUAGGUCUGCAGCCAACUCCGUUAUUAUU